UACUUGUCAAUCUUUGUCAGGUUAGGUUAAAUUUUUUUCUCAAAUAUGCAUGAGUGUGCAUAUCAUAUACUCCCUCCGUUCGGAUUUAGAUGUCGCGACUACUUUUUUACGAAAACGCCCUCCAUCUAUUUCCGACCGAACCCGCGGUCCUUGCCCUUACUUUCUUCUCCGCCUGACCGUUGCGGUCGCUCGCCGCCGCGCUCUUCUCUGGCUCGCCGCCGAGCUCUCCCCCCUACCCCCCCCCCCACACCACCACCACCACCACCACGGAUUCCGCGCUCUCCUCCCCCACCUUAGGUGGCCUCGCCGCGCUCCUCUCCUCCUUCCCGCGGCGAACUUCCAAAAAGCUUGGACUUUUGAGUUCAAGACGGCGACAGAUUCCGUCGAUGCGAGGCCGAAGGCGCCAGAUCCAGACCACUACCAACACGACGCCGGCAGCAACCUUCCCACAAGCAGCGGCCAUGGUGUACUCGGCCUCCCUGCAAAGCUUCCUCCCGCCCUCGGCCCACGCGGCGACGUCGUCGUCCCAGCACCGGCCCAACCGUGCCCGCCCCUUCCAGUGCGCGGCCGUUUCCGCCCCGUCGUCUUCGGCCGCCUCGCCGUCGGCCUCGGCCGUCCCGGCGGAGCGGGUGGAGCAGCGCUGCAACGGGAGGGCAGGUACUGGGUGCUCAAGGAGAAGUACCGCACCAGCCUCACAAGCUCACCAAGCUGCCCAUGGAGCGGACGCCGACAAGCUCACCAAGGAGGACGUCGACGUGCGGCUCGGCCUCUUCCACCGCCGCAAGCAGCAGUGUAUGCCCCUGCUCUGUCAAGGGAUGCGUUGAAGGUUAGGAGCCUGAUGAACGAGCUGACUGCAGCCAAGACUGAGCUGAAACAAUCAAGGGAGGUGAUCAGCAACAGUAAGAAGGCUCUGCUAGACAAUGCCCUGAGCCAGCUCGACGCGUUCAAGAAUCUAAGCAAUCCAGCAAUUAACAGCAGCGGCAACAGAGGCGGGGCGGGGAAUACCAGCAGCAACAGAGGCGAGAGCGGGCGCGACCUUCGGAGGAGGGCCAGCACGGAGAGGAAGACCCUGGGCUUGGAGGAGAGGUUGAGCAGGGCCAACGCGGCGAUGAAGACCCUGGGCCAGAGCGGCGAGGAAGACCCAGCGCCGCGACGGCGUCCAAAAUUGUCCGCGGCGACGGCGGCCAAGGCGGACCAAAUCAAGGACCUAGUCGUCGAUUUACUGCUUCUUGGCACGAUUCAGAGGGAGGUGACGAAGAGGAAGAACUUUAGGAGCAAUCCCGCUGCUCAGGUAGGCGAGGGCACACCCAUGGCGGCUGCGCAGCUGGGCGGCGGUGCAAGGCGCCUCCGUGGAGGUCCUGCGCGUCUCCUCCGCGACGACGCAAGUCGUCUCCUGCACAGGCGGCUGGGUCUUGCGACGCGCGGAGACUCUCUCUGGGUGCUGAGGAGAACGGGGGAGGAAGACGGGGGAUGGUGGCCGGAGCUGGCGACGCGUGAGCGACGGUGGAGAAGUGAGGAAGGAGACGGGGGCGUUUUUUCAAACGAUUCAAAAGUAUAAGGACAUGUUUGCAAAAUGCAUAAUGUACAGCAGCCGCGACAUCUAAAUCCGAACGAAGGGAGUAUUAAAGAAGGAAAUGCAUAGAAAACCUCCACCGGCCAGGUUGGGUUAAUUUUUCAUUAAAAAAAAUACAGAUACUCACAUAGACGCAUCAUUCAUAUGUACGCACACCCUAUCCAUAGCAUCUUCAUAGAUAGAGUUGGCGUGUUAUGAGAUUGAUGAAGUCAUCAUAGUCGACUCUUUAUUGACGAAAUGAACGUUGUAGAAUUUUGGGUUAAAUUUUCUAACCCGGCAGUCCUCAUUAUUCAAAUCUUGCAAUGUUGGAUGA